AUGUCCGCAGACUUGUGGGCUGAGUUCGGCCAGGGUUCCGGCUCUGCGCAAAGCUCCGGCCAAUCCCAGAAUACACAACCACAAACAAACUCAUUGAUCUCCGAAUUUGAUCAAUCUGAUGACAUAUUCUUUGGCGGGCCCCAGCUCAGCAAUCCUAAGUUUUCCAAUACGAGUGUGCCGCCGCCUCAGUAUACGCCUUCAGCUACCAGGCAGCCCCCCACCUUUCAGGCAUUUGAUCUGCCUAAACAACACGACAGUGAUAUCCUAUUCGAUGCAGCCGAAGACACGCCCGCGAGUGAGGAAGACAAUGAUUGGGGUGAAUUCGAAGGUCCAGAAGAAAGCGCAGAACAUGGCCAGCUGAGUAUCUCUACGGCCAUAGCACAAGAAGGGAAAGCUCCUGGUCCCAGACCUCAGACUCAAGCUCCGAGAGAUUCAAAAGUCCCCACAACAAUCGAUCUACUAGAUUCUGCACCAAUUACACAGCAGCUUCCCAAACCAAGGCCAAAGACAAUCCCCGAAGCCAACAAUCCUCCAUCAGAACCAUCAUGGGACGACGACUCGUUCGGUGACUGGGGUGAUUUCACCGACGGGCUUCCUACAGCCUCAGCUCGAAAGAACCCAAUCCCAGCGAAAGCUCAUCAACCCAUAAAGCUCACCCCUCCACAACCAGCCUGGGACGACACCUUCGAAGACUGGGGCGACUUCACCGACGGCCCAAGUACAGCACCAGCGCCAGUACCCCAAAAGUCAACCCCCAAACCAACCUCACGGCCCUCAACAACAAGCCCACCACCACGAAGCUUCAUCUCCUCAACACCGAAAUCACCCCCAAACGUUCGACCAACCAAUAUCCCCCCACCAUCCGUCCUCCUCGAACUCCUAGUCGACCUGUUCAACAACCUCCAGAAAGAAGCAGCCGCCGCAAAGCGCCAACCAAACCAUACAGCAGCAACUACGAUCCACAACACACUCGAAACAGCAUCUCGCAUCAUCGCCGGCCGCACAUUGCGCUGGAAACGCGAUACCAUCCUUAGCCAAAGCAUGCGGAUCGGACCAGCUGGUAAACCAGGCGGAAUGAAAUUAAGUGCCGUAAACAAGCAUGAAAAUGUAAAAGAAGAGCAAGAUGCUGUGGAUGCGUUGUCCUUAUGGCGUGAGCGCGCUGCUCUGUUUAAUGCCGUUAUCCAGACUGCGGGUCUACGGCCUAUUCCGCCUAUCCCGGGGCCCAGUGCAUUGAAAGUCAUUAUGGCGAAGCCGGAGCAGGGGGGUAUCAAAGCGGGACAUGCUUGUGCACUUUGUGCGUUGAAGAGAGAUGAGCGCGUACUGAAGGUUGAUGAGGAUGUGCAGGAUAGUUUUGGAGAGUGGUGGACGGAGCAUUGGGGGCAUACAGGGUGUCGGAUGUUUUGGGAGAGGAAUUCAGGACUGCUUGGGCAGCGAUGA